UUCCAAUUUCCCUGAAAACCCACCAAAAGAUACUUUCCCUUAACUUCUCCACCUCCCAAUCUUCCCAAUCUAUCCCCGAUGCACUGCAUAUAUUUGGCGCAGUAAUUGCCUGAAGAAAUUAAAAGGCAGUUUGAAGAGUGUAAAGAUGAGGGUAAUGGCGGCAUUGGUCAUUGUUUUAGUGACUGUUCUAGGAUUUGCAGUUGAUGGGUACCGUUGCAAAAUGGUGCAGUUCAUCUUUGGGGACUCACUCUCGGAUGUCGGCAACAACAACCGCCUCCCCAGGAGCCUGGCCAAGGCCAACCUUCCCUUCUAUGGCAUUGAUUUUGGCAAUGGCUUGCCUAAUGGCCGCUACUCUAAUGGCCGCACCGUUGCCGACAUAAUAGGCGAUAAAAUGGGACUUCCCCGGCCGCCGGCUUUUCUGGAUCCAUCUCUGUCAGAAGAUGUCAUACUAGAAAAUGGAGUAAACUAUGCCUCAGGAGGUGGAGGGAUCUUGAAUGAAACUGGUGGCUACUUUAUUCAAAAGUUUUCUCUCUACAAGCAGAUUGAGUUGUUCAGAGGAACACGAGAACUCAUCACUGCCAGAAUCGGCAAAGAUGCAUCCGAUAAGUUCUUCCAAGAAUCGCUCUACGUGGUUGCUCUGGGAAGCAACGAUUUCAUCAACAACUACUUGAUGCCAGUUUACAGCGAUUCGUGGACGUAUUCUGAGCAGGGAUUCAUCACCUACUUAAUGGAAACACUCCAAGCACAGCUUAGGAUAUUGCAUGGUUUAGGGGCAAGGCAGCUGAUGGCGUUUGGAUUGGGACCAAUGGGGUGUAUUCCACUCCAAAGGGUGCUGAGUACAACAGGACAAUGUCAGGAGAAGACUAACAAAUUGGCUCUCGGCUUCAACCAAGCUGCCAGCAAGCUUUUGAGUCAAUUGUCGAGCAAACUCCCCAAUGCCAGCUUCAGAUUUGGGGAAGCUUAUGAUGUUGUCAAUGACGUGAUCUCCAAUCCCCAGAAAUAUGGGUUCAGCAACGCAGAAGACCCGUGCUGCUCAUUUGGGAGGAUUAGGCCGGCGCUGACAUGUGUUCCGGCAUCAACAUUGUGCAAAGAUAGAAGCAAGUAUGUGUUUUGGGAUGAGUACCACCCGUCGGACAAGGCGAGCGAGCUCAUCGCCAAUGAACUCAUAAGAAAGCUAGGGUUUUUGCGAGUCAAUCAACCAUCAGGAUCUGCAGCUCCAGCUGAUGCUCCUUCUGCAGCUCCAGCUGAUGCUCCAUCCUCGCAGGAUUAAGCAAAGCCUAUAAGCUUCUUCUUAAUUUGAUAAAUAAUUGAUGCAUGAUGAUAUGCCGCAGCUAGCAGCUUCUAAUUUAUUUCUUUGUUAUAUUUGAUUGGUUGAGCCAUAUACAUAAAGCAAGUAUUGACGUUAUUAAGGCUAUUUUGACCAUCCUUUUAUGUUGUUUAAAUUUAAUUACUUGUGUUUGAUUGAA